GGGUGACGCUGUUCUAAAAUAUCACUGGGUGGAGAGAAUCAGAAAACCCUCAGUGAACCCUAGGAUUUGAUCUCCGCGGUAUCUCGAUCCGUGUUUUCUACGCGAGUAAGGAAGGGGGAAGAGGAGAUUGUGGAUUUGAUCACCGAGAUAUCUCGAUCCGUGUUUUCGAGGCGAGUGGGUAGGGGCAGAGGAGAUGGCGAGCUGGAGAAGAACCCUAGGGAAUGUGAGGUCCUUCGUGGGAAACGCGACGGGAGGUCUCCGAGGAGGACCCAACCUUGCUUCGUGGGUGGUCGCCGGCACCUUGGCCUACUUCCUCUGGGUCAAGCCCGCCCAGGAUCUCAAGAAGGAGCAGGAGGAGAAAGCUGCUUUGGCUGCGGCCUCAGAUCCUUACCGCUACAUUGAGAAAACCAAACCCAUUCCAGAUCCUCAGGUAACCGGUUUGAUAUAUGGGAAGAGAGAGGAAACCACUAAAUCUGAGAGUUGAUUCUGAGAAUCUGGCGGCAGUAUGCUUGGAACCAGCAUUUUGAAGGGUUCUUCUUGCAUAUCCAAGGACUUUAUCAACAAAACAAAGUUAUGCACGGAUUUAUCCAUAUUUUGAAGAAAGAAAUAAAGGGAGUAGUUAUUAAGCAAUGCCCAGUAAAUUUUCUUGUGUUAUUGCAUAACAAAUGGUUUGUAUAGUCGCUGUUCAUAUUAUAUUAUAUUAAAUACACUCGGACUUCUCUACCAGACUUUUGCUUCACGGACUUACUGGACCAUGGAAUCCUUUUGCAAGCAGCCAAUAAUACAUGGUCCCAGUUAAUAGUUUUAUAGGGAUUGAUAGUCAAGCCAAUUGUUUCCAUUUCUGUUUUAUCAUCCUGAUCUUAACUUAGCUUCAUGCCAAUGCAUUGAAUGUGUGCACAUACUGUUAUCUUCAAAUGAUUAUUCAGUUUCAGUUGCUG